AUGAGAAAUUUCUCAUCUAGCCAAGAAGGAGUUUGCUGGAGCUGUGGAACUCCUUCCGGAAGUGCUAUCUUUUGCAUCAAAUGCAAGGCCCUGCAGAAAGUGGACGGGAAAAAGGACUAUUUUGAGAUAUUAAAUCUCCCGCGCAAUUACAACGUCGACAGCAAUACCUUGACUCAUACCUUCAGGGAGAUGCAAAGUGUCCUCCAUCCUGACAAAUUUAGUAGUAAGUCUGAGGAGGAACAAAAUAUAUCCCUGGAGUGGAGCUCUCUGGUCAAUAAGGCAUACAAGACUCUUCUGGCCCCAAUCAAACGGGGCGAAUACAUUCUUCAACAAAAUGGAAUUGAAUUGCCACAGGACAAUAGUGCGCUUGAUCAGACCUUUCUCAUGGAAAUGAUGGAGAGGAAUGAGGAAGUUGAUGAAGCAAAUACCGAAGAGGAUUUGAGAAAGCUGCUGGUGAAAGUUAGAAAAGAGCUAAGUGCCACAUCUGAAGUACUCUCAAAGGCUUUCGAGGGGAAUAAUUUAAAAAGUGCUGUAGCCAUUAUAGUGAAGAUGAAGUACUUUAUCAGUCUAGAGGGGAGUAUAAAAGAGAAACAGAGACGAUUGGGAUAUGUUGAUUAAGAUUAAAAGAUAAGGAAUGAUAAGAAAAAGCUGUUAUGAAUUUAAAUCAGCAACAACUUCAUCCUGUUUACAGCGCCACGAAUUUUCCGCGGCCCCCGCUGAAAAUAAUAAAUUGGCGCUGCAAUCGUGCACGAAAUUGUUUUGUUUUUUGGGUACAAAAAAGUAGAUAAU